AUGGCGAUGAAGGCGGUGGGCAUUGGAGGUAGCCGGCGGCCAGCGAACUCUUCGAGCGCACCUGAACGGACGGACGACGGCGACGGCGACGGCAAUGGCAACGGCAACGACGACGGAUAUAGGUUACAGGGGUGCCGUUGCGCUCAGAAAUCGAUCCGUCAGCUGCUUGCUUCUUUUUCUUUCAUGCUUCCUUUUUUCCUCGUGUCGCCGAUGCUGAUGAAGUUCCAAUUUACAUCGAGAGACAGGAACGGAACGGACCGCAGAGUAAACAGAAAUUCAAAAACCUCGAACUGGUCGGCUGCUGCAAGCGCCUUGGUCAGUUUGUCCGAAGCCGAGGGAGGGCGUGGAGACGAAGAUCGAGCUGCCGUCAACGUCGGUCGCUGGUCUCUCGAAUGGCCAUCGAUCGCCGCCGCAAGUCAUCGCCCAACACCUCUCUCUGCCGUGGUCGUCCACUCAUUCACUCAUCAGCAACGGUUGCCAUUAUUGAUCUCUGAUGAUCCAUCGCCUGAUCAGCCAGAGUUAAACAGCUGA